ACCUCCGACUCGACGGCGCCAUCUGCUCUGAUCGACGGCCCCCAAACUGGAUUCACGAUGACCAACGACGGCGCUCGCACGGAGCCUGACGAGCAAGACGCCGUCUACGACAUUAUGCGUGCGACCGGCAACGACUGGGCUGCCGCGAUUCCAGACGUUUGCCGAGGGCGAUGGCACGGGAUCGAGUGUAUGCCGGACCAGGAUAACGUCUACCACGUGGUCUCUCUGUCUUUCGGAGCGCUCUCAGACGACACGGCGUUCCCCACUUGUGAUCCACAACGCUCUUACGUCUCCGAGUCCCUCACGAGGCUCAAACACCUCAAAGCCCUGUUCUUCUACCGCUGUUUAGGCCGCUCCCCACAGCGCAUACCGGCGUUUCUGGGCCGUCUCGGUUCGAGUCUGCAAACGCUGGUCCUGAGGGAGAAUGGGUUUUUGGGUCCUAUCCCUGACGAAUUGGGCAAUCUUACCAAUUUGAAAGUUCUUGAUUUGCAUAAAAACUAUCUCAACGGCUCCAUUCCCUUGUCGUUUAACCGGUUCUCCGGUUUAAGAUCGCUUGAUUUGAGUGGGAACCGGUUGACUGGUUCCAUUCCCGCUUUUCUUCUUCCGGAGCUGAACGUUCUGGAUUUGAACCAGAAUCUUUUGACCGGACCGGUUCCAUCCACACUCUCGACCUGUGGAUCGUUGAUCAAAAUCGAUCUUAGCCGAAACAGAGUCACUGGUCCUAUCCCAGACUCGAUUAACCGGCUCAACCAAUUAGUGCUUCUGGAUUUGAGCUAUAACCGGUUAUCAGGUCCAUUCCCGCCUUCUCUCCAAGGCCUAAACUCUCUUCAAGCUUUGAUGCUCAAAGGCAAUUCAAAAUUCUCAACAACAAUUCCUGAAAACGCGUUCAAAGGGCUCAAGAACUUGAUGAUUCUUGUUCUCUCAAAUAUGAAUCUCCAGGGUUCGAUACCGAAAUCAUUGACUCGGUUAGACAGUCUUCGGGUCCUUCACUUGGAGGGCAACAAUCUGACCGGAGAGAUUCCUUUGGAGUUUAGGGACGUAAAGCAUCUAAGCGAGCUGAGGCUCAACGAUAACAGUCUGACAGGUCCAGUACCGUUCGAGAGAGGCACAGUGUGGAGGAUGAGGAGAAAGCUGAGGCUGUAUAACAAUGCUGGUUUGUGUGUGAACCGGGACAGUGACUUGGAUGAUGCAUUCGGUUCAACAUCUGGUUCAAGUGUCAGGUUGUGUGUUGGAGAAACGCCGAGACCAGGUCCUUCUGGUACGGUACAGCAUCUAUCUAGAGAAGAAGAUGGUGGUAUGCCGAACGUGUCAAGCAGUUCCAAGUCUUUGGGGUAUUCCUAUCUUUCUGCAUUCUUUCUUGUCUUGCACAAUUUCAUUUUCAUUUUCAUGCUAAUUUCUAGUUAGGUAAGGGAUAAUAUAACUUCUGUAAAUACUUCCGAGUUUAAUAAUGUUAGAUGCUUUUUCUCCAUUUGUUGAACUUCAAAUUAAUUAUCUUCAUUCAUGGUUACAACUUACAAAAAACAUUUAAGCUCAAGAGUGCCACAUAUCCUAGUUGUAGUAGCCUGCUAACUGCUCGUUCCUUUUGUUUUUAUGCUCUGUCUUUUAUCUCUGUUUCUAUCUUUCUGGAGACUAGAGAGACUAGUAUUUGCUGGUUUUCCAUGUUUGGAACAUUUGGCUUUUAUUCAAUAUGGGAAGAAGAACCUACUAAAGUUUAAAAUUGUCA